AUGGACGGAAAGUAUUGUUACAUGGAGGACGACAGUGACGCAAGCAUUGAAUUAAGGGCUGUAUUAGAUGAACCCGAAGGUGACCAUCAAGUACAAAGCCCUUCCGGCGAAAAGGAUCGUCCCUUGGAUGACGAAAGUGACGCAAGUAAUGAGCUGGGAGGUGUUCCCCCUGAUGUCGCACCACAAGGGGAAACCAGCGGUGGUGGGCCUGGAGAAAGCUCUCGCGAAAAACAGAUGCCAGAAAUGGAUGAACAUGACAUUGCGGAGAUGAGCAUGAUUGCCGCAGAAAUUGAGAGUGCAGAAAAUUUCGAUCUUACGCUUGAGACUGUAGAUACAUCGGAGUUGCAAGAAGAACCGGUCAAGGAAGUAAGACCUAAAAGCCGCCAAUCUAAAAAAGAAGUCAGUCCGCUAUACAAAAGCGAUUCGGAUUCAAUAGAGAAGUUCCUGGAGGAGGGAAUGAACGAGUCAAUGUCAGUGGUAGAAGAAGCGAAGGUCAACAUGUCACUCGCUGAUUCCCUCCUGAACGAAUGGGGAGGAUCACCCAUAAAGAUUCGAAAGCGCUCACUAUCGGAACAAGAAAAGCAGAAAGAUGAUUCGGGAGUCGUUCUACUCACGAGUACUCCACUGGGCCCACCGAAGAAGUUUUCUUUCGAAAGUACAAAAUCCACAGCGUCUUCGAAAAAGCGCGUUUUCACUUCAAAUAAUUAUCAGCAAUCUCCUUUACGAAAAAAGCGAGCGGGUACUGCGGAAAACACUGGAGAAGGGUCAGGUUCAAAAAAUACUCCUGAAAGUGGUGUUGAUUCACCAAUUCGAUCCGUUGAAAAGUCUCGUACUGUGACCAAGCGUCCACUGAAAAUGCGAAAUGUUUGA